AACAUCAAGUAACCUCUGUCGUGUGAGUGCGUGUCAUGUUUUUGGUUGUCAAAAAUGGCUCAAGCCGGUUCGAAAAAAACAUCGGUCUCAAGAAUAAAUAGUAAAACGGGCAUUAGUAGUUUAAUUAUAUUCGUAGUACUUUUACUAGCAUGGAUAGCCGGUUUUUCGUCGCGUCUGUUUGCGGUGAUCCGGUUCGAGAGUAUCAUUCACGAAUUUGAUCCAUGGUUCAACUACAGAGCCACGGCUUAUAUGGUCAAACAUGGAUUUUACAAUUUUUUGAAUUGGUUUGAUGAACGGGCAUGGUACCCCCUUGGAAGAAUUGUUGGGGGUACCGUGUAUCCGGGUCUUAUGUUAACUUCCGGUAGCAUUCACUAUAUUUUGCAUAUGCUGCACAUCAAUGUCCAUAUUCGUGAUAUUUGUGUAUUUCUGGCACCAAUCUUUAGUGGUCUAACUGCAAUUUCUACAUAUUUUUUGACUAAGGAGUUGUGGUCCGCUGGAGCAGGACUUUUUGCAGCAUGUUUCAUAGCAAUUGUGCCUGGUUACAUUAGUAGAUCUGUUGCUGGAAGUUAUGACAAUGAAGGCAUUGCUAUAUUUGCCUUACAAUUUACUUAUUUCCUGUGGAUCAAAUCUGUCAAGACUGGAUCAGUUUUUUGGGCUGUUGCUGCAGCUCUUUCUUACUUUUACAUGGUUUCAGCAUGGGGCGGCUACGUAUUCAUUAUCAACUUAAUUCCGCUCCAUGUGUUCGUACUGCUCCUCAUGGGCAGAUUCUCCAACAGGCUGUUCACUAGCUACACGACCUUUUACAUUUUGGGACUGAUUUUCUCCAUGCAAAUCCCGUUCGUCGGCUUCCAGCCGAUUAGAACUAGUGAGCACAUGGCCGCCUCAGGUGUUUUCGUACUGUUGUUCGCCGUUGGCGCAUUAAAAUACCUCCAGAGUUCGCUCUCCAAGUCCGAAUUCAAGUCGGUUGUGAUCUUCGGCGGUCUUGUCGCCGCCGGCGUCGUAUUCUCGACCGUCGUUUUGUUAACUUACGCCGGCUACAUCGCCCCUUGGAGCGGCCGAUUUUACUCGCUCUGGGAUACGGGUUACGCCAAAAUUCACAUCCCCAUCAUUGCAUCCGUAUCCGAGCAUCAACCGACCACUUGGUUCUCGUUCUUCUUUGAUUUGCACGUUUUGGCCGCUACUUUCCCUGCCGGUUUAUGGUAUUGCAUUAAGAACGUAAACGACGAAAGAGUUUUUGUAAUUUUAUACGCCAUAAGUGCUGUUUACUUUGCCGGAGUGAUGGUCAGAUUGAUGCUCACUCUGACGCCCGUCGUCUGUAUUUUGAGCGGCAUCGCCUUCUCCGGUCUGCUGGAGCUGUUCCUCAGGGAGGACGAGGGUGCUCGUCCCGAAGAAAUUGAAGAGGACGACCACAACACUCCAAGCAAAAGGCAAAUGUACGACAAGGCUGGAACCUACGGACGCGUACCGAAACUUAAGCACGAGCUGAAGGAAUCCGACGGUAUUGGACAAAACAUCCGUAGCAUCGUGACUGUCGUAAUAAUGUUACUGUUGAUGCUCUUCGCUGUGCACUGCACAUGGGUUACCAGCAACGCUUACUCCAGUCCCAGUAUUGUGCUUGCGUCUUACGGCAGCGACGGAAGUCGUCAGAUUCUCGAUGAUUUCCGUGAAGCUUACUUCUGGCUCUCGCAAAAUACUGCUGAUGAUGCUCGUGUUAUGAGCUGGUGGGAUUAUGGUUAUCAGAUCGCCGGUAUGGCCAAUCGUACUACAUUAGUUGAUAACAACACUUGGAACAACAGUCACAUUGCGUUGGUGGGCAAAGCCAUGUCCUCUAACGAAACAGCCGCUUACGAAAUAAUGACGGCACUGGAUGUCGACUAUGUACUUGUAAUUUUCGGCGGUGUCAUCGGUUAUUCCGGCGACGACAUCAACAAGUUCCUAUGGAUGGUCCGUAUUGCCGAAGGAGAACAUCCCAAGGAUAUCAGGGAAAGCGACUACUUCACCGAACACGGCGAGUUCAGAGUGGAUGCUGAGGGCUCUCCCACGUUGUUGAACUGUUUGAUGUACAAGCUCAGUUAUUACCGUUUCGGCGAAUUGAAGCUGGAUUAUCGCACUCCAGCCGGUUACGAUCGCACCAGGAAUGCCGUCAUCGGCAACAAGGAUUUCCAAUUGACCUAUUUGGAAGAAGCCUACACAACUGAACACUGGCUGGUCCGGGUAUACAGGGUUAAGAAACCAGACGAAUUUAACAGACCGAGGAUCCCAGUUGCCAACAGAGUCGUUAAGUCACCCAACUUUAUUUCUAAGAAGAGUUCCAAGAGGAAGAAGGGAACGAUAAAGAACAAGCCCGUUAUUGUAAAGGGAAAGAGACUGUCCAAAACUCAAUAAGAAUGGAGCUGUAGCGUAGUUAAUUUUUUAUUGUUGUUAAAAAUUGUUUAAUCACAACUUGUUUUUUGUGAAAAAUAUUAUAAAUGUUUCAGUUGACAUGUAUUUAUUUACUUCAUUGCUGAAGUGUUAACAUCAUUAUUUCACUUUGUGAUAAUUGUGUAAAAAUAUGCCAUUAAAACUUUUUGCACGAAAAAAUAA